CGCGCGUGCAGCCCAGCUGACACUGUGAGUUGCGAGUUGAGAAUUGCAACUCACGGCUUGCAAUUUGAAACUGAUAUCGAUAUGAAUGUUUUUCCGAUGUCGUACUUGUUUCAACUCCGCUCAUAGCCUUGGUCCUUUCUUCGGUUUCAUUUCAAUAUUUAAACUAUCAAACCAUUUUGUCAGCGCGGUUAGCUCGCUAUACAACACACUCGCUCACUUGUGCCAUUGCAGCGUACCAGCAAGCCUCCGCACAUUGCUACUUGACACCUCGCUACACGCCAGCAACGAUGAAGGACCCGUCGGCGUACGCCAAGCUGCCGUUUGAGGUGCUCGAUCUCAUCUGCCACAUGUCCGAUCGGCAAACCCUGAACUCGCUACAGCACGUCAGCAGGGUGUGGCGCCGCCUCAGCUUGCCCUUAUUGUGGAAAAGCAUCGACAUAAGCGACUGGGAGUACAGGGCCAGUGCAGACAGGGUACACGCAGUAUACGGCCGGCUCGUGCACACAAUGGAAUACCGGAGAUGCCAGAGACGGCGUGGGAAUUCGCACAGCUCGUCCGCCCCAGCUUCCCCGCAGGCAGUAAGCGGGAAAACUAAAACAGAUAUCUUGUGCGAAUGGCUGGGGAUGCGUUGGGAAAAUGUAAGGCGAGUAGCUAUUGGCGCCUGGCCGCCGUACAACAUCCGCCGUGUUCAACAGGUGCUCGCUACAUGCAAUCCUCAGCUCAGGGUGCUUAUUCUCGAGGGCGCCGCUGCCGCUUGGGCUGAGACAAUGCAGCGUGCAGUCACUGCCCAUCCAUAUUUGCAAGGCCUUCACAUCACAGAAGACAGCCGCGCGCUUCUGCCGCCGGCUGCCGACGAACAUUACAGGAGGUCGCAAGUUCGCUUUCUUUUUCUUUCUAAUGGGGCCGGCGCGUCACUGACCCAACUCACCGUGCCAUGCAUUGUAGAGUCUGCAGUGCAGCUUCUCGGGCAGCUCUCUGACUUGCUACCGCUGCUGCAGACUCUGGACCUCCGUCAAGUCGACGCCGGCGCCGCCAGCAAACUGUCUAUUAACUUGCCCCCAAUGCUCAGACACCUAAAGAUUAGCGGCCAAUACCCCCUGAGCAUGCGCAUGUUUGGCCACCGCCACGCCAAAGGCACAGCCGGUGCUUUGAUGGCUGCCAGUCUACACUCACUUUCAGUCACUGGACUGCGCAGCGAGGAGGCCGCAUGGCGAGAGUCCGAUACCUUUUGGACACCCAUCUUGCAGCACAAAUGGGCGCUACUGACAGGGCUGGUUAUUCCUGUUGCCCGCCCAGAGCUGAGUUUGCUUAUCGGCACAAACUGCUCAAAACUCGAGAGGUUACAAUUUAUUUACGCCGGCAGCUCAAUCAACCAGCAGCAGAACAACCUGUGGGCCGCUAAGCUCACGUGCCUUCCUCAGCUUCGCCAUUUGGACAUUGCCAGCUCUAACAACGAGUAUGAAGGAUGCAGCCUCUCGUCUCGUCUGGUUACCGGGUGCAUUUGGAAAACGCAAUGGCUACACUCCCUUUAUGUGUCUCGUUUGUCGCUAUCGACAGAUGCGCUGAGCGCGUUGUUGAGAAUGCUUCCAUACCUGCAUACACUGUGGUUCACAUUUGACGCCAAGCCUAGGACCAACGAUAGCCUAGAACAGAUUGGAACAGACUGUUGUCCAGUAAUGCAGUGCCGCCUGCAAUACCUUGUAAUCCAUGCUGUCAUUACAAGGGACUGCAACCGAUCGGCUGCGUAUACCUCCGAGUCCGACAGUGAGCAGACUGGCAGCGGCCCCACAAAUGUUCUGUCAGCAUGUCUCGCCGAGCUCCCUUCUGUCAACAAAUGUCGCCUGCCAAUGUUCACAUUUCCAGAUGAACAGCGACACUGGCUGAAAUGCCAGUUCCCACGAAUCAACUUUAAGAAGUAUGCGCCACCAUAUUAGCCCCUGCUGCAAUACACUAGUGUAAAUGGAUUUUUAGAAUUUAUAGAUAUUUAUAGCGAAACUCCAGAUUACUAAGCAGGGGGUUUUCAAAACCCGUCCCCCUCCCAG